AUGUUUACGCUGGCGGAUAAGGGCAACGUCACUGUGGCCAUGGAUAGGGACGUUUACAGAGACAGGAUGACCGAGUUAUUGGGGGACUCAGACACGUAUGUCCCGAUCAAAAGAGAUCCGACCAAAAAGCUUACAUCAGCCUUGAGGUCUAUGCUCACUGGGUGGAGGACCAGAGGUCACAUCAAGGAUUCUGAGUACAAAGCUUUGUAUUGCAGUGACGGUUCUCUCCCGAGGGCUUAUGGGCUGCCAAAGAUUCACAAGCCUGAUUGUCCUCUUAGAAUUAUAGUGUCAUCGGUGGUCAGUCCGCUACAUGCUUUGGCUACGUUUUUACACAAGAAAUUAUUUAAAACCAUUCCGAGAGCUGUCAGUUUUAUGAGAAACAGUUUUGAACUGGUUGAGAGGCUGAGGGAUGUGCACUUUACGGGGACACAUGAGUUGACGUCUUUGGACGUUACCUCUCUGUUGACGAACGUGCCAACGGAUGUAGCGAUCGACUGCGUUAACGAACAUUGGCCGGCGGUUUCUGGGGAUUGCUCUCUACCCAAGAAAGAAUUUUUGGGAGCGAUACGGGUUGUCCUGGACUCUUCGUUUUUUGUCUUUGACAAUGUUUUCUACAGGCAGAGCUUUGACACUCCCAUGGGCUCUCCAAUAUCACCGGUGAUAGCGGACUUAGUGUUGAGGAGAUUGGAGACGGUGUCCUUGAUGUCUGUGAAUUUGGACAUUCUAUUCUAUUAUAGAUACGUUGACGACAUAUGCACUGCGUUGCCCCCCUCUCAGAUCGACGCGUUAUUAGAAAGAUUUAAUGCAUUCCAUCCGCGCCUACAGUUUACCGUAGAGAGAGGCGGAAAAACGAUCAAUUUCUUGGACGUCACUGUGUCUGUCAACAAUAAUCGCUUUAAUUUCGAUUGGUACCACGAGGAGCCUUCGUAUAGAAAACGUUUGAUUUCGGAGAUGCUACAUAUUAAAAAACAGAAGAACAGUCUUAAUUUGCAGACUGACACCGAGGGUCUUAAUAAGGCAUAUCUGCCGAUUAUAAACAAAGUCUGA